AUGUCACCGUCAAAUGGGUUGCAGAACGGCGGCGGCAACGGUGGUGUUGGGGGUGGUAAUGGGUUGAGUUAUAUUGAACAUUAUGUUUCGAAAUUUGAUACUCUUGCUGGUGUGGCUAUUAAGUAUGGUGUUGAGGUAGCUGAUAUCAAAAGGAUGAAUGGUUUGGCGACAGAUCUCCAAAUGUUUGCACUGCAGAUGUUGCGAAUUCCAUUACCAGGUCGACAUCCACCAUCUCCGAUUCCCAGUGAACCUGCCAAGUUGAGAGAAAAUAGCAGCGAAAGAAGACCUCCGCGCACAGGUCAAUCCGCAAUGAAGGAACCUCUUCAGUCCUUAAGACUGAAACCACCUAAACAGAAGAUUUCUCCUGCUAUGACCAUUUUACAGAAAUACUAUGGACUCGACUCAUCAAGUUCCAGAGAUACAUCAGGAGAAACAGAAAUGGCAAUUUACACAUCUUCUACUUCAGAUCAUUCCAGAGACGAAUGGCUUCCUAAACCCUCGCCAAUUCCAAGCCAUCAUUCCAAGUCAACAAAUUCAACAUUUGAUCUACUGACCGGAAACGAUGAAGUCUCCGAGUAUGUUCCUUUUAGUUUUACAGAUAUCGGCGACGGAGUAUCUGACAAGUCUGACGAGAAAUCCGUCCGCAGACGUCAAAAAGCCGAUGUUGAUAAUGGAGGUAGUACGCCAGAAAGGAUUCUCAAAGAAGGCAAUAAUAGUAAUGGAUCGAACGGUUCUGGUUCGUCUUCCACCGGGAAAGCAUUUUCCCUUAGACCAAAAUCAGCUAGUCGAGCGUCACUGUUUUCUGAGUCAGAUUCAGGAUGGUUAGAUUCUAUUCCAGUAGGGUUUGGAGAAUCAAUAUUCACUGACGGGCUUUCUGGAGUGCGGAAAUCUUCAAGCGCAUCGAGUCUCAGAGAGCAAGAAAAGUACAAUUCAGCAGCAACAGCAUGGCCAACUAUUUCCAAACCUAUCUUCGAUGGGUUACCUAUCCCAAUAACCGGCCGCAGAAGCAAAACUGCCCUUGAUUAG